UUGCUAUUGGCUGAGCGCGAAAUUUCAAAUGUAUCACGAACAGCAGCACCUCGGAGGAGAGAAACAAAGCUAACGAUGCGAGUUAUCUAGCGAAAAAGAUCUGUAAAGCCAAGCAAGCACACAGUCAGAUAGAUUGGUCGGGUUAGUUUACUUCACGUUUUGUUUUUAACUCAGUGCCAAAUGGAUAUUUCCACUUAUUUACAGUGUUUUGAAAGCAGUUUGAGCUCAUAUACAGGAGACGACCCGCUGGAUCCGUGGGACAAGUUUGUGGAGUAUCUGGAGCAAAGAUUACCUGCAGAUGGCGGCAGCGGGAUGUCACUGGUGUUUGACAGUCUUGUGCAGAGAUUCUUGAAUGUCGAGAAAUACGCAAAUGACAUCAGAUAUGUGAACUACUGCAUCAAAUGCGCGAGUUAUUAUUCGGACCCCAUUGCGCUGUAUAGUCACAUCUACAGCAAGGGCAUCGGCACCAGGACCGCUGCCCUCUAUGUGGCCUGGGCACAGCAGUUUGAACAGAGGGGAAUGAAUGAACAGGCUGAUGCCGUGUACCAGAAAGCAACUGAGAACCAAGCCCAGCCGGCCGACACUGUUCUUACUGAACACAGGCAGUUUCAAACAAGAACCCGAAGCCAGACACCAGUAUCAGCGGGAGGUCGAAACCCGUUGCAAAACUCCCAUUUAACCAAUCAGAUGUCAUCCCAGCCUGUAGCUCAAAACAAGGCCUCUGUGGAUUGUCUACCCAAACCACCCACAAACAGAACCACCAUAAUAGUCUCUCGCUCUGAGACGUCAGGGGCGAUUCCCUCAAGUCAAGGCUCCAGUGUUCAGACUGUGUCAGAGUACAUGAAGGAUGAACUUGUUUGUGAAGGAUCUGAAUUAUGCUUUGAGGAGGUCCGAGCAGAGAAAUACUUCCGUAAGCUCCGGGGGAAGCAGGAAACGAAGCACAGAGAGACCACGGAGAAGUUGCUGAGGCGGCAGGAGGAGGACGUCCUGAGCCUUCAAUAUAUGUUGGAGAAAGUAAACCAGGAUCUGGAGUCCUGUAGAGGUUUAACCAGCCAGCCUUCAUCACAGCGGCUGUCUGUAGUAGAAACAGCUACCAGUCUGAACCCUAAUCCUACCCAGCAGUCCUUUGGGCGUCCUCGACCCUCAAAUCGUCCGAGCAGCAGGCGCUCUCUUGGCUUGAGAUUACACACCGAGCCGACCUUCAUCCAAGACGCCGCCGCUGCCGUCCCUGAACCUCCUCAGCAGCAGAACAACACCAGGGCUGCUGACACAAACACUCUGAGCUCAGAGGCGUCCCUUCAUCCCUCUGUCCUGGCUGACAGGAGCGCUCAUUUACCAAAAUCUGCAACGACUUCCAUGUCCACAGACCGAGCGUCUGUCGUCCAGACCUCGAUGGUUCAGCCUGUCAGCUUCGAGCAGAUGAACCUGUCGCUCCACAGACCCGCUAGCAUCUCUGCUGCGAACACUGAUGUUCUCUGCCAGGACGAUCGAGUGGAGAACUGUCGACCUCUGGAGCACACCAUGACACAUCAGGAUGUCGGUCACCCACCAGAGCCUGAGGAGAAACUCAAUAUGUCACAGGGAGGUACGGGUAACCUGUCUCACAUCACUCCUAACUCUUCACUGGGCUUUGUUCAGGCCACGCCAUCGAGGGUGCUACCGUCACCCACUGUCAACACACGAGAAGCACUGGAUGUGAUAAUGGACAUGUUCCAGGCCCCGACCCUCCUAGAGGACCCAUUCAACAACACAUCAGUGCUCCACGCUGCUGAGAAGGAGGUUGAGCCCGGCUACCCAGGAAACGGAGGCGUCGUCUCUUUUACCAAGCCCUCAACCGCAGCCCCGUUCACCGUCUUCCAGGAUGACACUGACAAAGAAAAUGGCAGUGUUGCUGUUCCCUCUGCGGUGGAGAAGUCCAAACCAAUCAGAGCUCUGGUCGAAAUCCCGGUGUCUAACAAACCUAAUGACACUCCUUCAGAUCUGAUGCCAGAUGAGAGCACCACGUGGGGAGCUCGCUACAACUCCCUUAACUCGCUGGCUGCUUGUCCCAACAGCACCACAGACUUCGCCAUGUUGGCUCAGUUUGUCUCCACCCCGUUCGCACACAAAACGCCACAAAACGGCAACUUUUUCGGGGACCAAGAGAACAACUGUGAUGGUGGUGAUGUUGAUGACGAUGCUUUUAUGAGACGUCAGACGAAAAAACUCAGCCCCAUCUUGGAGCAGAGUCCGUCUAACGAGAAGCUCUCCGAAACAGCCGCCAGUCAGCUCGGGCCUUCCUCUGAGAGGCACGGCACCAUCGUCGGUGAAGGGCUUCCCACAGCCCAGCUCUGCUUGACCACGUCCUCCAUCACCAUGGUGCAGCCUCCCCCUCCCGCUGUACUCUCCUUCAGAGACCAGACUAUCUGUCCCACCGACUCCUCCAUCCCCAGGACCACGGCGCCCGGCUGGGAAGUGUACACGAGCCCCGAGCAGGCCUCGCCGAUCUCGCAGCAAGCCGAGAGUUCAGUCAGACCCAAAAGCGAGCCUUUCACAGUCAUGGAAGAUUUAGACGAACCCGCCCAGAAACAAGUCUACGAUGUUCCCAUGAGCCCAGAGUGUGCUCUCAAACCGGACUGGCUGGCCAUCAGAAGCCCUGAGGUCACGGUCGAGCCGGACCUGGACGCCUUCCUGAGUCCCCGUAUGCUCAAGAAAGGCCCCAACAAGAGCCCGGACGUCCCCAUGAGUCCAGAACAGCCGCAGCUCUGUGCCGACGUGCCCAUGAGCCCGGGGCAGCCGCCACAGUUCAGCGCUGUGGAUGAACCUAUGAUGAGCCCGGACCGAGGGCUGAGGCUGAGCGCCAACGUGUCCCUGAACGCAACAACACCAGCCAUGACAGCUGCGGUCCAGCUGGUGUCAGAUCCCUGGGAUGAUGAGCUGAUCUCUGAUCUGCUGUCGAGACUCACCCCGCCGCUCACUUCUCACCCCCGCUGCAUCACCUGGCAGUGCAACGUGCCCAGCAUCACCCCAAAGAUGACCAUCAGCAUGGGAAAAGCGUCCCUGCGAGUCGACUGUAUCCUCGGAGAAGGUGCUUUCGCAACAGUCUACCAGGCUACUGACCCCAUGACCUCGGAGAGGAUGGUGUUAAAGGUCCAGAAGCCAGCCAAUCCCUGGGAGUUUUACAUCAACACUCAGCUGGACACUCGGCUGCAGCCCGACGUCCGUCACCUUUACAGCAGCAUCCGCUCAGCUCACCUCUUCCACGACGGAAGCGUGCUGCUCGGCGAGCUUCAUAACUACGGCACUCUGCUGAAUGCAGUGAACAUCUAUAAAACCCUGAGCGACAAGGUGAUGCCGCAGCCUCUCGUCAUGUACUUCUCCAUCUGCAUCCUGCACAUGGUGGAGCAGCUGCACGGCAUCCACAUGAUCCACGCUGACAUCAAACCCGACAACUUCCUGCUAGGAGAGCGGUUCUUGGAGAACAAGUGUUUUGAGUCGGAGAACGCGGACCACGGCCUCGUCCUCAUCGACCUCGGACAGAGCAUCAACAUGGAGCUUUUCCCAGAAGGCACUGCUUUCACCGCCAAGUGUUUGACGUCAGGCUUCCAGUGUACCGAGAUGCUCAGCGGGAAACCCUGGAACUAUCAGACGGAUUACUUUGGAAUAGCAGGGACUGUCUACUGCAUGCUGUUUGGGACGUACAUGCAAGUCACGAAUGAAGGCGGCGCGUGGAAGACAAACGGUGUAUUUAGAAGAAACCCCCACAGCGACUUGUGGCAGGAGUUCUUCCACGCUCUGCUGAACGUGCCGGACUGCAGCUCUCCGCCGAGCCUGCGGAGCCUCCGCUGCAAACUGACGUCCGUCCUGCAGCAGAACUACAGCAGCAAACUGCCCACGCUCAAAAGCCGCCUGGUGGUCCUGCUGCUGGAGAGCCGCAAGGCAGCUCGGAGAUGACGACAAACGCCGCCGCCGCCGCCCGACAGCCUGGGACAGAUCUCAUUUCCUUCGCUUCACAGUUCGUUAUAGGUGAUGUGAAAUGGAGGACGAUUUGAGCCUCUGAUCAGGUUUUGUACAUAAAAAAUGUGAUUAUAUUUAGUUGCUUUUUUUUAUUUUUUAUUAUUCUGGAGUGAUUUAUCCAUUACCGUUACCUUUUUUCUUUGGUGAAGAAUAAAAUUUGUGUUUAAGCGUC